AUGGGCGCCUGCCUGAGCCGCCCCUUUGUGAGGAGGGCACACACACACCGCGCAGCGCGCACGCCGACCCCCGUCCCAGCGAUCGCUCUGCAAAGCGUCCCGCCAGCACUGGACGCCGACUCGCCGUCGAACACGCCGCCGCGCCCCGACCCCACCCUCGACCUGCUGUGCCUCCCGCACGUCCUCGACGCGAUCGUCGCCUCGGCGUCACACGCCACGCUGCUGGCCCUGCGCGCGACGUGUACAGAGGUGAAGGACGCCAUCAACCCCGUCCUCUUUGCGCACGUCGUGAUCGGCUGCGCCGCCGCCGACAGCACCGACCCCGGUGGCGACUCGCUCCCGUCCGUGCUGAGGUCGCGCAACGGCGACCCGCUGCCGUGCUUCGUCCCCGAGCUGGUCCCGCCUCCAGUGCUGCCCAUGACUGCCAACAUCUGGGCGACCCCGCCCCGUCGUCGCUCACGCCUGCUCGCUUGCUGUUCACGCGACGCGGCGGUCGCGUUCUCCGACGACGCCGGCGACACGAGCGACACCAGCGACGAGCCAGAGACCAAGCCCGUGCUGCCCGCCGCGCCGCAGCCCGCCGGACCGCAGCUCGCCGCCCACACGCGCCGCGUCGACAUCUUCCAGCUCGUGCCUGCCGCGCUCGACGUGGUCCGGCGACACGUCCACGCCGACGUCGUUCGUGUGCAUCGCGACUCGCGCCGGUGCUGCCCACUCGUGCACGUCGACUUUGCCCACACGCUCGUCUACCGUGAAGACACCGCUAGGGCGAUCGGCACCGUCACGUUCGGGGAGCGCACCGAGCGCGUCGUGCACUACGUCCAUCUCGGCGGGACGAGCUUCGCAGUCUUGGCCAUCCGCCCGAUGUGGCAGUACGGCGGCUUCGACCCGGACAGGCCACGUUGGUCGUACGCGGGGGUCAUGUACCCCUACUACAACACGGUUCCACGCAUCGAGGCGCCGGCUGCCCGGGAGGAAGUGUUCGUCUUCGACGAGGCUAUCAACGGCAUCAGGCAGGUCCGCGCCUGGAACCACAUCACGAGCCAGAUCGCAAAGCGGCUUGCUCUCGAUAGCAAGUGUAUCGUGGUCGACUUUGAAGUGGCGCGCUUCCGUCUGCCGGCGACCGCCUUUCUUGAAGACAUCGCAGACGCAUUCUACACGCAAGCGACCCGUCCUGACCCGUACGAGAACCCCAGCUCCGAGCCGGUCGAGGCAAUAACGCUAGAGCUCUGCUCUGAGAUUGUGCAUGCCUGGGCCAUCUUCCAGACACGCGCCGAAUGGGAGGCGACGUUGAGCUCUGCCGAGGUGGAGAUGUUGAGCGCGCCGGGUGACGUCCAUGGUCCGGCGAACCAGUGACCGUCGACAUGGGGGUGGUGUAGG